CUGCAGCUCCUCCCCCAGACUGCCAAGAAGAUCCAAGACAUCCAACCCACUCCCGAUCUCUUCCAGCUUACCAUUCUCAAGUCUUGGCUCUUUUGUUCCUUGCGAGCUACUUCUCAUUUUUUCUAUAUCUCAAACAUACUGAUACUGGGUAUCAAGUCACACACACUCUCUCAAAAAAUCUUCCUAUAUUGCUCUUUUUUAUCACCAUCCUCAUCUUCAACAUGGUUUCUACCCUUCUCGCCCUCGGCGCCCUGGCCGCCUCCGUCAUCGCCGCGCCUCUUGAUGCCCGCGCCAGCUGCACCUUCACCGAUGCCGCCGCCGCCAUCAAGGGCAAGGCCAGCUGCACUGCCAUCAUCCUCAAGGACAUUGUCGUUCCCGCCGGCACCACCCUUGACCUGACCGGUCUCAAGUCCGGCACUCACGUCACCUUCCAGGGCAAGACCACCUUCGGCUACAAGGAGUGGGAGGGCCCCCUCAUCUCCUUCUCCGGCACCAACAUCCUCAUUGACGGCGCCUCCGGCCACUCCAUCGACUGCGAGGGCCAGCGCUGGUGGGACGGCAAGGGAGGCAACGGCGGCAAGACCAAGCCCAAGUUCUUCUACGCCCACAGCCUGAAGCAGUCCACCAUCAAGAACCUCAACGCCCUCAACACCCCGGUCCAAGCCUUCUCCAUCAACAGCGUCACCGACCUCAGCGUCCUCAGCGUCACUCUCGACAACUCCCUCGGCGACACCAAGGGCGGCCACAACACCGACGCCUUCGACGUCGGCUCCUCCACCGGCGUCUACAUCUCGGGCGCCGUCGUCAAGAACCAGGACGACUGCCUCGCCAUCAACUCGGGCACCAACAUCACCUUCACCGGCGGCAGCUGCUCUGGCGGCCACGGCCUGUCCAUCGGCUCCGUCGGCGGCCGCAGCAACAACGUCGUCAAGGACAUUGUCAUCUCCAACUCCAAGAUCUCCAACUCGGACAACGGCGUCCGCAUCAAGACCGUCUACGGCGCCACCGGCUCCGUCUCCAACGUCCAGUACACCGGCAUCACCCUGUCCAACAUCGCCAAGUACGGCGUCGUCAUCGAGCAGGACUACGAGAACGGCUCCCCCACCGGCAAGCCCACCGCCGGCGUCCCCAUCACCGGCCUCACCCUCAGCAAGGUCACCGGCACCGUCGCCUCCUCCGGCACCAACGUCUACAUCCUCUGCGCCUCCGGUGCCUGCAGCAACUGGAAGUGGAGCGGCGUCAGUGUCACCGGUGGCAAGAAGUCCACCAAGUGCUCCGGCAUCCCCAGCGGCGGCGCUGCUUGCUAAACGUCUCUCUCCCUCUUUUGCGGGACUCGAGAAUUUUCGGCCCAGGGGCUGGUUUGAGUCGUCGGGCAGUCUGCCGCGGGAGCUAGUUCUCUGGCGGUUAACGUCGACGACAUCGGCAGUGCCUUUUUUUCAGUUUUUGGCCGGUGCUCUUGUAGUGACGAGUUUUGAGUGUUUUGGUCUAGGAACGUUUGGCUGAGCGCAAAAUUUGUUCGUGUAUAUAUUUCUCUUUUGCCGGCCGCCUUUUGGAUGUCUCCGGCCGGCCUACAUACUCAAUCCAACCUACUUUUUUGGAUGCA